AUGGAUUCAUCUACAUUUUGUAAUGACGAUGAACAUAUUGAUACUCAUCUGUCCAAAUCACAAUGCCUUGAAAUGUCAUACCAAGAAGCCUUAUCCAACACCAACCUCGUUGUCAAGGAUGAGGGUGCCCGCCGGUUAAGGUUACGAAUCCUUAUGCUGGAGAACGAGAACGACGAUCUGCACGAACAGCUCGCAGUUGGGGACGAUCGGGCUGAUUUGUUGGAACAAAAUAGCGAGGAGUUGCGAGCCCAGCUAGAGCACACACAAGAGGAAGCCCGCCGGCGAGAAACCGAACUGCGAACUCAGACAAGAGAGGUGAACAAUUUACGGGCGGAGGUGGCCUCAAUGAAUGGCGUUACUAUGGAUAGCACAAAAUUAUUGACGGAGAAGUUAUCACUUGCUCGGGAACUUGCGACAUUGAAGCCAGAACUCGAGCACCUCCGUUCACAAACCACCUAUCAGCAGACCAUUUUAUCCGAAAAGCUGGCACUGCAGCGACAGGUCAGUACGCUAGAGGUAGAGCUCGAGACCGAGAAACGAGCUACGAAGCGUGCGGCCCAGAAAAAUGACAACAGCGAGAAGGAGGCGGAGCUCCAUCAUCAGUUGGAUGCACUCCACAAGGACCUGGCACGGGAGAAAAAAGAAGGGGUGAAAGCUCUCAAGGAGCAAGAAAAGGAGCUAAAAGCCUACGAGGCCCGCCAGUCGGUUUUAGAAUGCAAGUUAGAGGAAACAAAAACAAAAUUACGCGCUGCAAAGGAGCAACUCAAAGAAUCCCAGACCGAGCUUAGCCAUAUUCGCACAGAAGCUACAAAAACAGCCAGUCUUCUAGCCAAGGCAGAGGCACAAGCAAGAAAGCCCCGGAAGAGGAGCGUUUUGGAAAUAAGCACAGAUCAAACCAUUGGGACACCCGAUGGAGCGACUAUGGGUGGGAAGCGGUCAGGCCUAAAGAGAGGAAGGAUGGAUCAGACUAUGGUUGGGGAAAAGUCGAUGUUCUCAAUUACCCCAUUCUUGAAUCGCACCCUCAGUAUGGCUCCUGAAGCCUCCACCGAAGCUCCCAAGCCUAAGAUUAUAGAAGAUGACGAGCAAGAGGAAGAUGGACAUGGGGAAGAAGAGAAGGCACCCGACGUGGAAGCCCCAAUAGAGGCACAAAACUCGCAUCAUGACGUCUUGUCACCCACACCUGUGCCUCAACCCAAGGCUAAGAGAAAGAUUGGCAAGAAGACCGCAGAAAGUAACAAGAACGCUCUUGAGGAGGCAAAUCACAAUGUCCAGGCGAAUAAACCCGGUCCGAAGAAGGUACAGAGAUUGAGCAAGUUGGCCGAAAUAACCGAGGAAGACGUUGAUGAGAAUGAACAAGCUGCCCCAAGUGCCUCUGUAUCCCAAAAGCCUACCAUCAAGGCGACGGCUGCGGCAAAAGCGGCCAAGCCGAAACGAUCGAAAGUGCAACUAAAGGAUACGGAAGUCAAAGAUGAAGAACCCAAAAAGAAGAGAAAAAAGUUACUUGGGGCAACGCUCUUUGAUGAAGAUGAUGCUGAAGCUACGAAGCGACCAGCAAAAGUUUCACUUGGCCGCCCAAGAUUGUUAGGAAAGAGUACCGGGGACGUACUUGGUGCUCCCAAAGGCGAAAUGCCCGCAUUUUCACCGUUAAAGAAGGAUCGAAGAGGAGCAGGAGCAAGUUUUCUUGCUUGA